AAAACACGCAGAAGUGCCAGCAUGGAGCGUUUAUCCUAUCAUGUUGCAGUUAAAAAAGCACAACUUGUCGAAAGAAAUCCAAUGCCAAAUGGUGUGGGUCUCUUGGAUCCAAGUCGUGUAUCAAUGCAUGAUGCCAACGAUAUUAUAUCUUUGGCAACACAAAUUCAACAAGCCGAUCAGCAUCUGCAAUCGAAUGCUUGUGGAAAAUUAACUUUAAUACUUGAUCAGAUAAAAAUGCUACAAGCACAAGCCGCUUCUAUUUUACAAGAAACCGAAGAGAGUCGCAUCCUUCAUGGUGCGGCUUGUAAUUUCGCAAAGAAACCUGGAACAAUCUAUCAUCUUUAUCAAAGGCCAUCGGGUCAACAUUAUUUCAGCAUGUUAUCACCAGCCGAAUGGAAUGGAGGAUGUGAUCACAAAUUUGUUGGAAGCUAUCGACUUGAAUUCGACUCUAGCUGGACGCCAAUGGAUAAAAUCUUAGAACGCGAUGAAAAGAUGCAAUGGGCACAGAAAUGUCUCAGAGCACCGUAUUCAGAAAAACAACCUCAACUUUCGAUUGAAAGUGACUUUUUAGAGAAAAUGGAAUGAAUGAUGAAGGCGAUUUUAAGGGUUAAUUUUGUUUUAUAUUUUUUUUUCUUAUUUCUUUUCUGAGAAAGAUUAUUAGGUUAGGUCAAAUUGUAUGUUAAGAAUGAAUGUAUUUUCUUUUUUUUUAUAGACAAAUGUAAUCUUGUAGGUAGUUCAUAUGAAAACUACUUAAUUAAAUUUCUAUAUUUUUGAGAAGCUUAUAUUUGGAAAAAUAUAUGGCUAUGGUUAUAUAGUCUUUUUUUAAGUAUAAAUUUGCUAAGGGUUUAAGUAGUUUUCAUUGAACUACAAUAUACUUUAUAUUUAUUUACAUUUAUUAAAUUUACCUCAAAUAAAAUAUAAAUUUAAGUUUAAA